AAAAUAUGGUCUAUCUGAUAAAUUUACAUUAGUAGCAGUCGAAACUAAAACUCUUGAUCAUUUUUUUACAUAUAAGAAACAAAAAUUUGGUUUAGAUAACAAUGAAAACGAAUACUUAAUUAGUAGAAGUAAUACAUUAGAUAGUGGUGUAUCUGGUAGUGAUACAUUUGAUAAUAAUAUAUCUGGAGAUGAUAUAUAA